AUAGAUAUGGCACCAAGCGACCCGAUCCUAUAAGGAUUGUGCGGCCUACUCUAUAAAUACUGGACCUUGCGCGUAAACCUUCUUCUAGUUACGCUUCAGGCGCUGGCAUCAUUCUCAAUUCCAGAUCUACCCUAUAGCUGAAGUCCUCUUUAAACUCAAAACAGUUCCGGGCCUUCCGGCACUACCAUGCAACUAUCUGGAUAAAGAACAUGUCCUCUUGGUCAACUCUCCGACGAACCUCACCAACGUUCCACCUACAACAGAUCCGCCAAUUCUCGGCCCACGCCCCUCCUCCUGGAACCACUACUUUUCUUAACAGUUCUACUACUAACAACAAUGUUAGAACAAACUUCCUUAGAUGGAUAUCUGCGGGAAUAAUUACUAGCUCUGCCCUUGCCCUCGCACUACACUCCUGUUCUUCUUCUUCUCUUCCUUCUACAUCUCCAUCUUUAGCCUUCGCUGAUUGCUCAACGACACCUCUGACCACCACCACCGGCCCCACGGUUCCUUCACAUCAAUCAAAAUUUCUAUUUGGAGAUGCAUAUCGGAGGAAAAUCUUCUUUAAUUACGAGAAACGCAUACGGAUGCGAAGCCCUCCUGAAAAGGUGCUCCUUUUUUUUUUUUUUUUUUUUAAGGAUAUGAUGACGAUUAGAGCAUGUCGUUGGUUGGCAACAAUAAGAUGCAAUCGUGGUACAAAGAUUUAUGAAACUCAAAUAAAAUAA